CUCUUAACAGCCAGUCAAAAGCUAUGGCUAGACACAGAAACACCUUCAAAACGUUCGCGAUAGUGACAAUUCUUAAUUUCGUGGCUUCCCUUCCGCCUAUAGUGCUAGCGGCAGCAGAACACAGUGACCACCAAAAUGAGGCAAGCAAUAUCAGCGACACUCCAGCUCACCAAUCACAUAUCACAGUAGAGUAUGGAUUCGUAUGGACCAAGGCAGCCAAACCUACUCCACGUUUCGAUUUUUCAAACUUCACCGAUGACAUUGAGUCUGUACAGUGCAGCGAUGACGAACCUUGCAUUAAUUCUCUGCCGGGAAUCGAAUAUGCUCUGUCAUACGAUUCAGACAUCCCCUCGAAACCCUAUUGCUAUGUGCCGGAUUCGAACACCUCGACAGGUCACUGCACGUGUGGGAUAGGGCACUGCGUCUCCUACAGCCGACAGCACCAGACCGGCGAUCCCUUCUACUACUGCGGGCCGUGUGGUAUUGUCGGGUCUCAGUGCAAAGACACAAUCUGUACGGACAUGGUAGGGGAGUGUCGAGGUGGUUACUGUGAAUGCAUAGAAGAUGGUACCUUCUACGACAUGUCUUCCUGUUACAUCCCCUUCUACGGCCAGGAUACAUUGAUUAAUGUCAUCAUCGGUACCAUCUGCGUCCUGCUGUGUAUCAUCGGCCUGGCCUACAGUUAUCACAGGCUGCGCAGCCGCCGCCUCCGUAGGGGAAGCAUCUACAGCGAGAGAGGAAGUGGUCCUGCCAGACGAGAGUCUCCUUCUGACGACACGCCCCCCACCUAUGACGACGUGGUGGAAAAGCUACCCUCAUACCAGGACGCCCUAGAAAUGUCGCAUGGAAGUGAAGAAGGAUUUACCAACGCUGGCUUUGAAGGCGAUGAAGCCCUCUCAUCUGCACCCACAGCUUCACCUAACAGCGGCGCCGUCACUCUCUCCCAGACCAAAGCAACUUUCCAUGCUCACACCAGCUCGUCACCUUUGUGUACUGAUGCUGAAGACGUCGAAGAUCAAGAAACGAAUGAAAAGGAGAAAUGCAGCAACAUCACGCCACAAGUAACAGAGGAGCAGAAAGGCUUGGGAACACAGCCCAUUGAGCAACUGCUGCACAACGUCCUUCAGGAACAGCACACCACCACCACCACCACUUAGUGAGACCCUAAACGUAGGAGUUUAUUAUUUUCGUGCAGUCCAUGUAUACAUGUAGUAUAUUAGGUAUACACAAUAAAUAUAUAUAAUGUGUUUUAUAAUUACAUAGUAGUAGUAGUAGUAGUAGUAGUAGUAGUAGUAGUAGUAGUAGUAGUAGUAGUAGUAGUACAAAGUCUUUUUAGCAGUGGUGGUGUGGAUGUAUCGGCAGCUGUGAUGAUUGUAAAUACACAAGACAGUAAGAUUUAAGUAGGAUAUUUACGUUUUGGUGCUUGCAUCCUAUAGUGUUACGAAACGCAGCAUCAUAGUAUCAUGGGAGUCAGGACUGGGAUCAUUCCCUCGGGACAUUCCACAAAAUAAGCAUGAAACAGAUUUCUUCACGUUACAAUUCUGUAUUUAUUUUUUCUUUACAUAUAGACCAAGUACAAUCAGUAUAUAUAUGCACACACACACACACACACACACACACACACACACACACACACACACACACACACAGUCACCCAAUCCUCGCCACACAUACCUGACCCAAACAAAAGCAGUACCCUCACACGACACAAACAUUAGGAACAAUGACUGAACACACAAGCAGUAAGUGUCAAGGAGGAUGUGUGCGCCAAGGCCACAGCCAGAAGUAUAGACAGGUCAUUCACGUCAAGACCCAGUGAGUGAAUGAGGUCAGGGAGGUGGUAUGGCAUCGCUAUGGUUGCCACGUUCCCUGCUAUGGCCCCUCCCUAUAGGUAUUGGGCCAGGAGCUGUGGUUUUAAGUACAGUUCACUUAAUCUAAUUGCUCCACAUGUUGUUCCAUCCUUGGAAUAAAUAGUUUGGUUAAGUUAUGUAAUGAAUAGUUAGGUUGAAUUAUCUCAAUUUUUUUUUUUUUUUUUUAGUUUAUAAUGCAAGAUUGAAUGAUAAGACGUGAUUGCUACAAACCUGUACACUUCACCCCUACACACACACACACACACACACACACACACACACACACACACACACACACACACACACACACACAACGCCUGGAACUCCCAUCAUCUUCUCACUACACCAAAAUUAGAUCAUGUCCAGUACAUACAACCACAGGAUAUGAAGAGCAAGACAGGUGGUUCCAUUCUGAGGCAUGUUUGGUUUAUAAUAAGUGAGAGAUUAAGCAAAUAAAAACUAACUACCAUUACCCAA